AUGGCGUCGCUUACCAGGCGCCAAAUAUCGGUCAUCUUGAGCGUCCUUACCUCGACGCUCUCAUUGCCGAUUCCCUCAUCUCUCACGACCCUCGCACUCGCACUCCCACCUUUCGCAGGCCUGUGCAUGGAGACCAGUACUGCACUUGCAACGUCGCUGGCUCAACACCCGAAACUUCGACACCGUCACGCACGCAACUUUCCUGCCGUUCUCCUGCCCUCUACCCUGACCAUCCUUGGCUUGCUGGUCUACAUCACUGUAGUCGCAACACUCAGCGGUACACACAUCUCGCCUGUUGGAGGUCUGGGCUGUACUUUGAGGGAAAAAUGGCAGAGCAUGUUCCACGAAAAGAAUGCCAGCAAGAUCAAAAGAAUUCAGGAGGCAUUCGAUUGUUGCGGCUUCAGGAGUGUGAGAGAUAUGCCAUACCCAUUUCCUGGCCACGGAAUUACGGUCGACACGUGUUCGCAGCGUUUCGACCGCCAGAUUGGCUGCGAGGCUGCGUGGAGAGACAAGGAGAGGACUGUGGCUGGUCUUAUGAUUGGCGUUGCAGUAGGCGUUUUUGUCUGGGUGGCCAUCAUCAUUGUCACGCCGGCGUUGCAUCCUACAUGGGCUCACGAGAGCAUGCGCCUCCCUCAUCGCGUCCUGGAAGAGGAGUCUGAUGCAGCCAGCAGAGUCAUCGAAUAUCCCGCUCAGCGCUACACAGACGAUCCUGAAGACGCUGAUACAGAUGCACGCCGCGAGAUUGCUGGUUUGAACAAUGACUCCAGACUUGCAUUGCAGGUGGAAGGCUCGAGAGACCAUCCUAGUAAACUGCUGGCAGAUCAGGGUGUGUGGAGAGGCGAGGACGGCAGAACUUGA